AUGGUUCAUCCCCCUGCCGGUAGCGUCUCGACUGUACCCUCAGAAACCACGUCUGAAGACCUCACCGUCCCUGCCGUACCUCCAUCGACAGACUUGGCGACCUCAUCUCUCUCACUCUCUGGCUCCCGCCAGACCACCAUCACGUCCCCUGUGCAAACGCAUGUAAAUGUCCCGAAGAUCCUCUUCCCGCAAACCGGCGACGCCAGCGCUAGUCCUGCCUCGGGGGUCACUCCCGACGUCGACGUCGACCCGGAGCCGUUCUCCUUUCUGCCCUCUCAGCUCGCUCAGCUCAUCGACACCAAGGACAUCGACAAUCUCUGCGCCAUGGGUGGCGUCAAGGCCCUCCUUCUCGGACUCGGCACCGACGGCGUGCGUGGUCUCAUCGGGAGCCCUGAUAACCCGCUAGCAGUCCCCGUCGAACCGGGGCCUCUUUCACUCCCUUCUACCGCCAAAUUUGACAACGGUGCUCCCCACCCUACCACCGGAGGCGCCACGGUGGCGUCUCUCGCGGACCGAGCCAGGGUCUACGGCGUAAACGCGCUCCCUCCCCGCCCGGCCAAGAGCAUCUGGAAGCUGAUGUGGGACGCAUACAAUGAGAAAGUCCUCAUCCUGCUCUCCGUCGCCGCCGUCAUCUCUCUCGCGCUCGGCCUCUUCCAGGACUUUGGGCCUGGGCGCGACCCGGACGAGCCCGCGGUGGAGUGGGUCGAGGGCGUCGCGAUCAUGGUCGCGAUCGUCGUCGUCGUGCUCGUCGGCUCGCUCACGGACUGGCAGAAGGAGCGCCAGUUCCGCGUGCUCAACGCGAAGAAGGACGAGCGCACCGUCAAGGUCGUCCGUGAGGGCGUGGAGCGCCUCAUCGACCCCGGCGAGAUCAUGCCGUGCGACGGCGUGUUCCUCUCCGGCCACAACGUGCGCUGCGACGAGUCGGGCGCGACGGGGGAGAGUGACGUCAUCAAGAAGAUGAAGUACGAGGAUUGUUUGGAGCUGCGCAAGACGCUCGACCACGACGAGAAGGACGCCUCUCCGCAUACCGACUGCUUCCUCAUCAGUGGUAGCAAGAUCCUCGAGGGCGUAGGUUCGUAUGUUGUCAUCGCCGUCGGGCCUCGUUCGUUCCAUGGGCGCAUCAUGACCUAUCGCCGUCGCGGCUCACUUGGCGGUUUGAUGCUCUUCAUCGGGCUGCUCAUUCGAUACUUCGUCAAGAUCGGCACUGACACACCCCACAUGAGCCCCAGCCAAAAAGGGUUGGCUUUCGUGGACAUUCUCAUCUUGUCCUUCACCCUCGUCGUCGCCUCGGUUCCGAAGGUACGCCCAUCGGUCGCGCUGUCUCGAAGCAUGCCGAUGACACGCGAGAACCUUCUCGUCCGCGUCCUAACUCCUGCGAGACCAUGGGAACGCCAGCGUCAUCUGCAACCGACAAGACCGGCACGCCUCACGCAGAACGCCAUGACCGUCGUGGCGGGCACCGUCGGCGGCGACCUCGUCUUCGUCCGCGAUCUGGCCCAGAAUCCCGAGCGCGCCAAGCCGACGCCACCACCCUCGCGCCCCGUCGAGCUCCAUCCUCAGCGGCGCGCUUCCUCCUCCGCUUCGCGCCCUCCUCAACGACGCCAUUGCGAUCAACUCCACCGCGUUCGAAGAUGCGGACGCAACCAGCGGACUCCCGUGUUCGUGGGCAGCAAGACGGAGACCGCACUGCUGGCGAUGGCGCGCGACUUGGGAUGGCCCGCUACAAGGCGUUCGGGAGGCGGUGGAGACGCUGCAGGUCGUAAGGCGAUGGGUGUCGUGGUGCGUCUUCCGGGAGGUCGCGCGCGACUUCCUCGUCGCGGUGUGCGCACGCCGAAUGUGGUCACGAAGAUCACCGACGAAGACGAUCGGGCACAGAUCUUGGAGAGCAUCACGUCGUACGCGUCGCAGACGCUUCGCACCAUCGCUGUAUGCUAUCGAGACUUGGAAAACUGGUCACCCAGGGCCGACGAAGUAUGUCACCCCAUCCUUGUGUCGUGGACGGAUCUCGCACGCGAUCUCACGCUCGCUGGCGUCUUCGCUCUUGAGGACCCUCUUCGCCCCGGCGUUCGCGAAGCGGUGGCAGACUGUGCCCGCGCAGGCGUCCAGGUCAAGAUGUGCACCGGCGACAACAUCCUCACCGCGCGCUCCAUCGCUACCCAGUGCGGCAUCUUCACCCCCGGCGGUAUCGUCAUGGAGGGCCCGCGCUUCCGCGCGCUGUCAGACACCGAGCGCCGCGCGACCGUGCAGCGUCUCCAGGUGCUCGCGCGCUCGUCGCCCGAGGACAAGCGCAUCCUCGUCAACACCCUCAAGGAGCUCGGCGAGAUCGUCGCGGUUACCGGCGACGGCACCAACGACGGCCCCGCGCUCAAGGCCGCGCACGUCGGCUUCUCGAUGGGCGUCACGGGCACCGAGGUCGCGAAGGAAGCGUCCGACAUCGUCCUCAUGGACGACAACUUUGCGUCGAUCGUCAAGGCCAUCGUCUGGGGCCGCGCGGUCAACGACGCGGUGCGCAAGUUCCUGCAGUUCCAGGUCACCCCCACGUUCACCGCCGUCGUCGUCACCCUCGUCUCGGCGCUCGCGGGGACGGACUUCGAGGAGAGCGUACUGAGCGCGGUGCAGCUGCUGUGGGUCGCGAUCGUCAUCGACACCUUCGCCGCGCUCGCGCUCUCGACGGACCCGGCGACGCCGGACAUGCUGGACCGCAAGCCGGAGCGGCAGGACGCGCCGCUGUUCACGGUGAACAUGCUCAAGCAGAUCCUCGGGCAGAGCGCGUACCAGGUCGCAGCGAUCCUCGUGUUCCACUUCCGCGGGGACGCGCUGCUCGGGUUCCCGCCGCACGACCUCCGCAACGACACGCUCGUGUUCAACGCGUUCGUGUUCGCGCAGAUCUUCAACUCGUUCAACUGCCGCCGGCUCGACCGCCGGUACAACAUAUUCGAAGGCGUGCUCAGGAACCCGUGGUUCAUGGGCAUCACUUUCGUCGAAAUCGUCGUCCAGAUUCUGAUCAUCUUCGUCGGCGGCGACGUCUUCGCCGUCACGCGCCUCAACGCUCGCGAGUGGGGUAUCUCCCUCGCGCUCGGCAUCGUCUCGAUCCCGCUCGGCGCGCUCAUCCGCACGGUCCCCAACGCCCCUUGCGAACGCGCUUUCAAGACGCUCGGGCUGUACCGCGAGCCCACGUUGUUGCCGACCAACCAGCCCAGCCUCGACUUCGCGCACGACCAGCUGACGAGCCGGCUUGGGGCGUUCCGGGCGCUGCGUGGGGGCCGCUUGCAUCGCCGUGGGUCGUCAAAGGGCGUGGUGUGA